UUUUUCUCAUCGUACGGACCAGAUUUCUCGCUGGAAAAGUCCUCGUGGGGAUUUCUCUUGGCGUUCCAACACAUCUUCCACCUCCCACUAGCCUGUUCAUCGUCCUCAAGUUGACUGCUUCUUCAAAUCUCGUCAUCUUUCCUUUCCGACAUCGCCCGACAAAAGAAUUCCAAUUCCCUUGGAACUGUUUAAGACAUCAUGACUUGGGUAGCUGUUUCUUCUCCUACUUCAACGUCUCUGAUCACGGCCUCUUCUUUUUUCGCCUCAAGGAAUCAACCGUCUAAUCGUCCGUCUUGUUUGGGUUUCCAUGUGCUCUGCCGCAGCGGAUCCUUCUCUGCCUCCUUCAUUUCCAGCCACCUCAAGUUUUCUCUCCACGAUGCUCUCGAUUCUUCUGGAAUCCAAACUUCUCAUGCCAGGGAAGCUAGGGAAGGAUUCUGCUCGCAGAUUCAGAAACUUUCUGACAUAGAGAGAGAAACCAGCAUUAGCAUCAAUAGAUAUGUUGAUUUGGGGAAAACAGCUCUUUACAUAGCAGCAGAGGAUGAUUCCCUCGUGUCUCAUUCGUCCGUUCCUCUCCCUGUUGAUGCUUUCAUUGAUAGAUUGGAUGAUCUUUCAAUGUGUUAUUGCUCUCAUUACAGCUCCUCGUUUUGGUGGUCACCUGAGAAUUUCUUCAACAGUUUAGAAAGCUAUUUAUAUGAUAAGAAGGGCUUCCGAAGAAGCAGUGUGAAGCAUCAAUUAGAGUCGCGAGCUCUUUAUCUUCACUCGGUUUUGACUCACCGUUCAGGAUCCACAGCAAUGCUUUCACUUAUAUACUCUGAGAUUCUAAAAAUGCUUCGUUUGUGGGGCCUUUUGGAUUUCGAUGCGGAGAUAUUUGUUCCUCGCAAUCUUGAUACCCUUCCCAGAGGUUACCAUAAACAUAAAAGUAAGGACUCUGAUCAGGCACACAUAAUGACAUCACAAGCUCUACUGGUGGAGAUAUUGAGAAAUUUGAAGGAUGCUUUCUGGCCAUUUCAACAUGACAAUGCAGAAAGCUUGUUCUUGCGGGCUGCACGUGCUGCUAACUGUAUAGAUGGACCGAACAUUAAUGAGGAUUUUGGUUUUCGGCUCGCAUCUGCUAAGGCUGCUCAACAUAGACUAGAACGUGGCAUUUGGACCAGUGUACGCUUUGGGGAUAUGAGACGCGCAUUAGCUGCUUGUGAACGUCUUAUCCUCUUAAAAACUGAUCCAAAGGAAUUGAGAGAUUACAGCAUUCUUCUCUACCACUGUGGAUUUUAUGAGCAAUCAAUGGAAUAUUUAAAGUUGUAUCUAGAAUCGGAGAGUUCUUACCCGCAAAAACCAUCACUGGAUUCGUUGAGCAGUUUGGAGGAAAACGCUGCAGAGAAAUUGAAGGUACGCCUUAAUCUCAUUGCAAUGGAGGAAGGUUGGAGCAAGCCAUCAUUUGCUCGAAACUUUCUUGGUACUAACUCGGAACCAUGGUAGUAGAGCUUCAUGUGUGUAUCUCACUCGACGACACAUACCUGAUUUGUCUACAUUCAUGUAAAGAAUUGUACCAUAAAGAGUAGCAGAUGAUGGACAGAGCCUGAAACGCUCUCUAAUGAGUAACAAAUUAGGAGGGAUGCAUUGAGCCUGAAAUUCACAUGGUCCUACUCUACUGUUUCAGAUUGAAGACAGUUUAAGGUGGAUAUAGAAAAGUGUAAAUCAGCAACAUCUGAGAGCUAAAUACGUAUUUAUCAGUUUUUGUAUAUGACAUCAUGUCGGUAAUUGCUUUUUAGUAGUGAAAUGAAAUAAUACGCCCAGUCUGAGGUUGUACCUAACUAGUUUACACUUGAGACCUGGAAAAAGAUAAGUUAGCUAUUUUACAACUAUAUUUCGUAUGCGGGUUGUGAUGUAUAGAAGUAUUUGAAAACGUAUCUUGGGGCACCCUAAUGUACUUGCUUUCUUGUUAUAAAUGUGUAAACCAAAACAUUCAAAGCCUAAAAAUAUAUACGAAUUAAGA